AUGGAUGACGAAUUGGCAGAGGCAAGAGGAGAAGGAUAUGGGAGAAAAAGAGAAUUCCAUUCUCGAAGCAGUGCUAUGGAUGUGUUGAAGGAUUUGGAUCUGAAUGGAAAAACAUAUGCAAUCACUGGAACAACAUCUGGAAUCGGAAUCGAAACAGCUAGAGCGUUGGCUUUGAAAGGUGCUCAUGUUGUGAUGUUCAAUAGAAACAUUGUGGAAUCGGAAAAGUUGAAAAAGAGAAUUGAGGAUGAGCAAUCCGACGUAAAAAUCGAUUUCAUUUCAUGCGACCUGAAUUCUCUGCAAUCAGCAAAGGCAGCAGCAGAUGUGUUCCUUUCCAAGCAUUGGCCACUUCAUGGAUUGAUUCUGAAUGCUGGUGUUUUUGCUCCAAAUACAAAAAUGACAUUUGAUAAUUUUGAAUCUCAUUGUGGAGUUAAUCAUCUGGCACAAUUCCUUUUGGUCAAAGAACUUCUUCCGGCUCUUCGUCAAUCCUCUCCAUCCAGAAUUGUCUUCGUUUCCUCUGUAUCCAGCAGUCAUACCGGAUUGAAAGCUGAAAUGACCAGAAAUGAGAAAGUGAAGAAAUUGUGUCCAGAGAACGCUAACGAAUUCUAUUACAAAUUGUAUGCUUACUCAAAAAUGUGUCAAGUUCUGACUGCAUUCAAAAUUCAUAGAGAUGAAUAUGUCAGCAACGGAAUCAGUACAUAUGCUAUUCACCCUGGAACUAUGAUUGGAACUGAUAUCUCUCGUGGCUUCGGAUUCUUUGGAAAAUUCUGGAACGUCAUCUCAAAGCCAUUCACAAAAACUCUCGCUCAAGGAGCCGCCACAAGUGUCUACUGUGUUGCUCAUCCAGAUGUAGCUGAACUUUCUGGAAAGUUCUGGGAAUCUUGUUGGGACGAUGAGAAGAGUUUGGACGCUGACAUUGCCAGAGAUAUCUCGCUUCAAGAUGAACUUUGGGAGCAUUCGGAAUGUCUCAUUGAUGAAUGGUUCAAGAGUCAGAGACCAAUUUCCACAAUUGGAAAUGGUGACGUUUCUCCAUCUGCAAUUUCGGACACUUCUUCUGAAGAGAACGCCUGA